CAAAUAUGAUCAAUAAAAAUCUAAUCAAGCGUCUCUCGCACCCUUCCGAAAGAGAAGUCAGAGAUCAAGCCUUUAUGGAGCUUGAGGAGAUGAUCCAAGAUAACAAGAUUCAGUUUGAUGAUCUUGAACUAAAGGCAAUCUUUGAAGGCAUCUUCUGGUGUCUUUGGUUUGCUGAUAAGCCUGCCUACGUAGACGACCUUCUGAGUAGAAUUGUGCAAUUCACAAAUGAUAUCGAGAAUGAGAAGCAUAAAUUGAUGUGGAUUAAAAGCUUCUUCAAAUCUCUCACUGCUCAUUUUGGAAGUCAUGAUAUGAACGAUUUGAUGAGGCUUCUCAGAAUGCAGCUCGGAUGCAUUUUCAAACACUGAAUUCAAUCAAAGAAGAUUAAGAAAUAUCUAAAAAUAAUUUUCACAGAGACUCUUAGCAACGAAAACUCAUCUGUGGAGGUAGGAAUGCAUAUUGCUGAUAUCUACCUUGAAGAAUUGAUCAAUAACUUCGAUCAAGAAAAACUUACUCACAAGCAAUUGACUAUUUUAUUGAACCCAUUCCUUGAAUGUUUAGAGAAAACCACUCAGUCAACUCUUUUCAGGAGGGUUAAGGAAAAGGUGUUUGAACAACUCAUCGAAAAGGCUACUGAGUCUGAAAACUAUUUCCCCAUGUUCAACGUUAAGAAAUACGGAGAAGAAAUCAUCUUCCCUGUGGCAUCUGGUGAAUCCACUCUUGAAUCUAGAAGAGAUGGCAUCUAUGAACUUUAUGACAAAGCUAUUGGAAAACAAAAAGAAGAUGAGGAAGAACUUUCUUAUGCUCAAAGACUGGAGCAAAUUCAAAUGGCAGCCAUGAGUAAUCUCCAGGUUCAUACCAAGCACCAGAAGAAGAAAUUAAUCCGUGAGAAGGUCAAGAAGGCUAAUAAAAUUAAAAAGAGGAUCAUUAAAAUGAUUAGAAAACAGCAAGAAGAGGUGCUCUCUAAGACUUCAGAGGAUAAAGCGGCUGCUUCUACUCCUAAAGUAGUAGAUUCUUCUGCUGUUGAAGAGUCUAAGAGCACUCCAGCUCCCUCUGCUACAGCUGUUCAAGAAGAUACUGUUGUUGAACUCACAAAGAAGGCAACCAAGAAGAGAAAGAAGCCUAAGGUCAAGGAAGAUAAAAAGAAAUCUGGCAGAAAAGUCCUGUUUAAACUUGAGAAAAAUGAAAUAUUCAAUUUUUAA